AGACAGUGAUAGGUGGGAGUAUGGAGAUCCCUUGUAGCCGGCAUACUCGCUAUAGCCGACAUCUUAUCAUACAGGUACACUGUGGUAUAAGAGUCGCGAAUGCCUCGCAGCAGUGGGAGUAGGUAGUAGGAUGCUCAAAGAUCAACUGAGAUUCCAAGUACAGAAACAUGACAAAGUUCCAGGUCAAGGCCAUAGUCCUGCUGGGCGGCCUACAGACAUGCUGUUCGCAGUGGACCCCGAGUACGAGCAAUCUUGCUACUUUCCCGUCACUGCUUGACGUCGAACUGGAUGAUCUCGUCAUGGGGAUGGAGAAAGAAAUGUUCACCAGCGUCGACCUGGUCCGAGCCUACACUGCUCGUAUUCUGGAGGUGAACAGCACUCUACACAUGGUGACCGAACUCAAUCCUGAUGCUCUGGCUAUUGCAAGCUCCCUGGAUGCUCAACGCAAGAAUGGCACAGUCCUGGGUCCCCUCCACGGUGUACCCAUUCUCAUCAAGAACAACAUUGCCACAGCAGAUCAAAUGAACAAUACUGCCGGCUCCUGGUCUCUACUGGGAGCCAAGGUACCGCAAGACUCCACAAUGGCAGCGAAACUCCGCAAAGCAGGCGCAGUCAUACUCGGGAAGACCAACUUAUCGCAGUGGGCCAACUAUCGAUCAGAUAACACCAGUAAUGGAUGGAGUGCCCACGGAGGCCAGACAUAUGCUGCAUACUACCCUCAACAAGAUCCGAGUGGUAGCUCCAGCGGCAGUGGAGUAGCGAGCUCCGUUGGCCUGGCACUGGCAAGUCUCGGUAGUGAAACGAGUGGCAGCAUUCUGAGCCCCAGCGAUGUGAACAAUCUCGUGGGAAUCAAGCCGACGGUCGGACUGACAAGCAGAUACCUGGUCAUUCCCAUCAGCGAGCAUCAAGAUACCGUGGGACCCAUGGCCCGCACUGUCAAAGAUGCUGCACAUGUUCUUCAAGCAAUCGCAGGCCCAGAUCCCAAAGACAACUACUCUUCGGCAUACCCUUUCGAGACGAUGCCCGACUACGUUGCCGCGUGUCAAACCAGCUCUUUCGAGGGAGCGAGAAUCGGUGUGGCCUGGAAUGUCCUGGACAUCUGGGGUCGAUACACCGACAAGCCCGUUCUGGAUGCCUUUAUGGAAGCCGUCCAACAGAUUGAGGCCGCCGGUGCCACGAUCGUGACUGCGAACUUCACUGGGUUCGCUGCGUGGCAGAACGACAGCGUCGGCGAUACUGUUCUCAGUGCUGAUUUUGAAGUCGGUCUCGCCCAAUAUCUCUCCCAGCUCAGCUACAACCCUCACAACAUCACCAGCCUUGCGGAUGAGCGCAACUGGACCCAGACACAUUCGAUCGAGGAUUGGCCGGAAAGGGACACUGGGAUCUGGGACACUUUUCUGCUCAAUCAGACCUGGAACAACACCGAUCCGCGCUUCUGGGAAGCGUACCAAAAGAACUUGUACUAUGGCGGUGAAGGUGGCAUUCUUGGUGCACUCAACCGUACCAACACCACUGCGGUCCUGCUGCCCACCCAACUGAGCCCUUCGAUACCAGCCUUGGUUGGUAGUCCGGUUGUGACGGUGCCCAUGGGCUUCUAUCCGUACGACUGGAAUGUGACGAUGAAUGGAUUCGGCAAUCUGGUCGCGAGCGGUCCGAACAUUCCCUUUGGGCUGUCUUUCUUGGGAGAAAAAUGGAGCGAAGAGACUCUGAUUGGAUACGCGUAUGCAUAUGAGCAGCGCACGUUGCAUCGCUCGAAAGUACAGCCAUAUAUCAGGCCAAACAUUGAGUUGAAAGACGUCGUCGUUGUUGAUCAGGGGCCGCAGCAUUAUGAGCUUUGAGAGGCCGUCGUCAUGGAGACACCAGCACGUCUCUAGUGCGUGUUCAACAUGCUAUAAUCGAACAACCGCUUACUACCACUCGUGCUUGUAUUGCGUCUGCCAACAAGCUGAACUUCAUACUGAACAUUCGGAUACCGCCCCUGUCUCCAGUGCACUGCCCCUUCGACCUCGAAAUCUCCACGACAAGACUCAUCAUGCGCAACAUACUACUCGAGGUGGAGCGCAAGUUCUGCGGACUGGCAGUACCACACUUGAUCGCAAAUGCCGGCGUGCCAUGCUUUCACAAACUACAAUUCCUGGGCGAACAGAAGUUUCAAGACACGUACUACGACAAACACAACCAGCUCUCGCAGAGCGGUCUCUGGGUCCGCAAAAGACAAAUCGCCGGCAGAGAUGCAGCCUGGGAGGCGAAGAUCCGCAAAGGUGGCGACUUCGUCAACUCCUCAUUCGAGGAACUGACGGAUCCCCCGGCGAUCGCGCACUGUGUGGCACAAAUGACAGGUCACCACGAGUCGGCAGCGUAUGACUUUGGGUUAGGAGUGUUGGCAACUUUGACUACGCAGCGCAAGACUUGGUUGGCAGAUGAGAAAUUCAAGAUUGUUCUGGACUCGAUGGUGGACUUGGGACAUGAAGUCGGCGAAGUCGAACUGGAGCGCAGAGUUGCAGUGCCGCGGCAACAGGAUUCUUCUGUCGUCUGUGAUGUUGAGCUGUGGAAGCGUAAUCUCACGCAAGAUAUGGACCGGCAAAUUCAAGAGUUCAUGCAGCGAUAUCAUUGGGCAUUUCGGAGUGGCGUGCCCAAGGGAAAGCUGACUGCGUACUUUGAGAGACGACGUUGAUUUUUUGUUUUCUUUUUCUCUCAUUCUGUCUGUGGACAUGCAAGUCAUGCAAGAGAAGUUUCUACGAUACAAACCCAGAAUCAGGAAGUCAAACCACUCAAAAUCCUCUACCACUCCAACUCUUUGGACUUUUCCUCAUCAACACAACUCGAGCCUUUCUGAUGCGCCUGCCAGUCAUACAAACCCC